GGUCAAUUGACGAUACUGCAUCAUUGCGAUUCCGUCAUGGGUAUAGCGCCGACGAAUUAAAUUAAGUGGCAGUUAAAUGACGAGAAGAAAACCGCGGCGGUUAUUGAUGGUCAUCUGUUUGUGGGCAUUAUGUGAAUGAUAAGUGAAAAAGGAGUCAGAGGAGAGCGGAAGCACGAGCACAGCUACGGAGAACGUUGUGGAAAAGGGAGAAGUUGAGGCAACGAAGGAGGGUGAAAAGGAGAAAGAUGAAGACAAUAAAAAUAGUGAUAAGAACGAAAAAGAAACGGAAGCCUCUAACAAGGAGAAGGAUGCCUCGAAUGAGCAGGAAGUUGUUUUCAUUCAGGACCUGGGCUUCACCGUCAAAAUUGUCAGCCCCGGUUCUGAACCCUUUGACAUUCAGGUGUCCAGCAUGGAACUUGUUCAGGAAAUCCAUCAGUUACUCAUGGACCGCGAGGACACGUGUCACCGCACAUGUUUUUCACUGCAGCUGGAUGGUAACACAUUGGAUAACUUCGCCGAACUGAAGAAUAUCGAGGGUCUGAAGGACGGCUCGAUCAUCAAGGUGGUGGAGGAACCGUACACGAUGCGGGAGGCGCGCAUACACGUGCGACAUGUGCGCGAUCUGCUCAAAUCUGUGGAUCCUGCGGAUGCUUACAACGGUGUUGAAUGCAGCAGCCUGUCGUUUCUCAAUGUCGUCACGAAUGGCGAUAUCCUGGAGAAGAAGAAGACUCGAGCUGAUUCAGUCGAUUGUACGCCGCCCGAUUACAUCAUACCCGGUUGUAAAGACAGGCCUCUGUUGCCUCUCCAGCCGCAGGCGAAGGAACAAAAGUGUCCACCGUGUCUCAAGGUCCUAACAACGUCAGGAUGGAAUCCACCGCCUGGCCACAGAAAACUUCACGGCGAUCUGAUAUACUUACACGUGGUUACAUUGGAGGACAAGCAAUAUUAUCUUACAGCGUGUGCCAGAGGUUUCUUCGUUAAUCAAUCAACUAAAGAAGUGUUCAAUCCUAAACCAGCUACGCCUAGCCACUUAUGUCACAGUCUGAUCGAGCUGUUGAAUCAGCUUAGUCCAACCUUUAAACGAGGGUUUGCUUCUAUGCAACGACGCAGGACUCAGAGGCAUCCUUUUGAGCGAGUGGCCACGCCUUAUCAGCUGUAUGCCUGGAGCGCGCCGCAAAUCGAGCACACUAUUGACGCCAUUCGCGCGGAAGAUACUUUUUCUUCUAAGUUGGGAUAUGAGGAACAUAUCCCGGGACAAACGCGUGAUUGGAAUGAGGAACUGCAAACCACGAGGGAAUUACCACGUAAAAAUCUUCCUGAAAGAUUGCUACGAGAACGCGCUAUCUUUAAGGUUCACAGCGACUUUGUGGCGGCCGCGACUCGCGGAGCAGUAGCCGUUAUCGAUGGCAACGUGAUGGCGAUUAAUCCUGGCGAGGAAGCCAAAAUGCAGAUGUUCAUCUGGAAUAACAUUUUCUUCUCGCUCGGUUUUGACGUACGCGAUCAUUACAAGGAGCUAGGAGGUGACGCCGCAGCCUUUGUUGCGCCUCGCAAUGAUUUGCAAGGCGUUCGGGUAUAUGCGGCCGUGGAUUUACCCGGUCUCUAUACUCUCGGCACCGUUGUCAUCGAUUACAGAGGCUAUCGCGUAACAGCGCAAUCUAUCAUUCCGGGAAUACUGGAACGCGAACAAGAACAAUCGGUAGUCUAUGGAUCAAUCGAUUUUGGAAAAACAGUUCUCACACAUCCUAAAUAUCUUGAACUGUUAAAUAAAGCUGGAACGCAGUUAAAGAUCCUUCCGCAUAAAGUAAUCAACGACGCAGGCGAGGAAAUCGAACUUUGCAGCAGUGUGGAAUGUAAGGGUAUCAUUGGUAACGAUUCGCGGCAUUAUGUUCUCGAUUUAUUGAGGACCUUUCCACCCGAUGUUAAUUUUCUGAAACUCGAAGGUUUGGAAUUAAGCAAAGAAGCACGAGCUUUAGGUUUUCCAGUAGAACACAAACAUAGACUGGCCUGUCUGAGGCAGGAACUUAUAGAUUCGUUCGUUGAGUCCAGGUAUGUUCAGUUUAUCAAGCAUGCGGCUGUUCAUCUUCAACAGCUUACGUCAGCUAGAAGAUCUCAAAAGGAAAAAGAGACGACUGCUAAGGAAGAUAGAAAAGAAGACAAAAAGGAAGACUCGACUGCUGUUGUAACAGUGGACAGUAACAAGGAAGACUGCGCUCAGUCUUUAAUAGAGGCUGACGAGGCUAAGAAGAUUGUCGAGAGCAUCACCGAUUCGAUCACAGGCGGCGAGAAACAAGAACUGGAGGAGAGCACAAAAGAGAUAGUGCGAAGCGCAGCAGCGGCGGUAGGCAGUCUGCGAGACGCCGAGUUCGACGUGAGAUUCAAUCCGGAUGUAUUCUCACCCGGCGUCAAGCAUCCAGAUCUUAAUGGCUCCGAUUUAAAGAAGCAGAGGCAGUUAGUGAAGGAUGCUGCAGACUUUUUGCUUACGGUGCAACUGCCAACAUUCAUUCGAGAGUGCCUGGAUCACACAGCGGCCGCGAUGGAUGGUAGUACAUUAGUGGAAGCUCUUCAUGGUAGAGGCAUUAACGUUCGCUAUCUCGGUAAAUUGGCGGCUAUGUUAGCCGCAGUACCACAGUUGCAAUAUCUUAAUCGCAUUGCCGUAUCCGAACUGUUACUUCGAUCAGCCAAACACAUUUUCACCUCUUACAUGCAGGGUACGGAACUAAUGAGCUUGUCCGCGGCCGUUAGCCACUUUCUAAAUUGCUUGCUGUCCUCGGCACAGAUUAUACACCCGCAACAAAAUUUGGAAGAGCUUCAGAGUAAACAUGCCAAACGCCGCAAUAAACGCAAGGGAAGGAACAACGGACCGCAGCAGUCAGAAGUAGAGUGGGCAUCAUUGACGCCUAAAUCACUCUGGCAGCAAAUUAAGGGUGACUUGAAGGCCUAUUACGACUGGGAAACACCGAACCCGGAAUCUCUCGAAGCUACCAUAGAACAUUUCCAUCUACAAAAGAUUUCACUGCUGCGUGGCUUCUGUGUCAAGACUGGAAUUCAGAUACUGCUGCGCGAAUACAACUUCGAAAACAAGAAUCGGGUGACAUUCUUCGAAGAAGACAUAUUGAACAUCUUCCCCGUCGUUAAACAUAUCAAUCCUAGAGCUAGUGACGCAUACAACUUUUACACUACCGGUCAAAGCAAGAUUCAACAAGGAUUCUUAAAGGACGGUUAUGAACUGAUCAGCGAGGCGCUGAAUCUCCUCAAUAACGUCUACGGUGCCAUGCACCCCGAAAUUGCGCAGUGUCUUAGAAUGUUGGCAAGAUUGAAUUACAUAAUGGGUGAUCACGCGGAGGCACUUGCCACUCAGCAGAAAGCAGUUCUUAUGUCAGAGAGAGUCAAUGGUAUUGAUCAUCCGUACACUAUCACAGAAUACAUACAUCUCGCCUUAUAUUCCUUUGCCAAUGGGCAAGUAUCUGUAUCAUUAAGAUUAUUGUACAGAGCACGUUAUCUAGCAUUAUUAGUCUGCAGUGAGGAUCAUCCAGAAGUGGCCUUGCUCGAUAGUAACAUCUCGCUGAUUCUACAUGCGGUCGGCGAGUAUGAGCUAUCAUUGCGUUUCUUAGAGCACGCAUUAGCCUUGAAUCUACGUUAUCAUGGUCCUCAUUCAUUGAAGGUUGCGGUGUCAUAUCAUUUAGUGGCACGCACGCAGUCAUGCAUGGGUGAUUUCCGAGCGGCACUGAACAACGAAAAGGAAACCUAUGCGAUUUAUAAGCAACUACUAGGUGAAGAACACGAGAAAACGAAGGAGAGCAGCGAUUGCUUGCGGCAUCUGACUCAGCAAGCAGUCGUGCUACAAAAGAAGAUGAACGAGAUCUACACGGGUAAAUCAAGUGUAAGCCUGCCACCAAUUCAGGUGCAACCGCCCAGCAUGGGCUCGGUGCUAGAUAUGCUCAACGUAAUCAAUGGUAUCCUCUUCGUACAAAUCAGUCAGCAAGAUAUCGAUAAUUUCAAAGCAGAGAUCGAAAAACGGCAAAAGGAACAAUCCCCGGAGAAUGGCGGUGAAACCGUGAUGGCGAUCACCGAUAAGGAUACUAAGAAAGACGAUAAGGAAAUUAAGAAAGCAACAGAGAAAAAAGUCGAGGUCGAGCAGAAGACAACAAAAGACUUGGAAAUCAGCAAAACUGGCGUCUUGGAAUCGAUCGUGGCAACGAAGAGCUGAGUCUCUCGUUCGCCAACGACGAACAUUAGUAGUCUUUUCUUUCUUUUUUUCUAAGCCCUAGUCCUCCAUUGUGGAAGAUAGCGAUUUCGUGCGAGGAUUAUCGCGUACGAUAUACAUAUAUACUUGGUACUUGCACCGUUUUUUGUUAUAUUGUUUAAAUGUAAUCAGGAUACGAGACUCAAAACAAAAGACGAGAGACAAGAUUGUUGGUCGUUGACAGUGUGUUUGUGAAGAUAAAGAGAGGAAUAUAUCCACCGAAGUUGAAUUUGCAUGCAAGACGCACAUUUAUAUGUUAAAUCAAAUGUAUAUAAAAACACGGGUGCCAUGUGUCGCUUGAAGACAGCAAUCUUCAAGAAAAUUAAGAUAUAAAAGAGAUUAUUCUCUUUUCGCCAUCGCGUGAAAUCAAAAAGCAAUACAAUUUUUUCAUUCUUGCGUGCGAACAAUCGCACAUUUUUUAAAGGCUCAAAUUAUUUACCAUGCAAAAUACCGGUGAUAUGAUACGUUGACAGUACCGAUCGUUAAAUCGUCAGAUUAAUCAUCAAUUAUGUAAUCUUAACGAUGUCGUUAUGGUAUCAUUGCGCAGCUAUUACAUGAUAAAAGACCUGCGCAACGACAUCAUUAGGUUACAGAAUUGAUCUUUCUAAAUAACUUUCAGACUUGACUACAUUCACGUAUUAAACUCUCGAAACCGUUUUCCCUAUUAUUUUGUAAAUUCGCAUUAUUUUUUUUGAAUAUAAUAUUCAAAUAAUAUCAUUAAAGCCAUCGUACAUAAAUUUAUUUGAAAAUGUAUGCACAUAAGUAAAUUAAUUCGCAAGAGGUUGAAUAUAAUUUAGCAUAUUUGGUAUAUGUUGUAUUUCAUUAAUUAUGUUAAUUGCGCAACGUAAAUGUGUGUGCAUAGGCUUUAAUGAAUUAAUAUACAUUAGUGUAUGCAACCAAUUAUUUGCGAAUUCGUUUUUAGUAAUGUUUCUUUUUUUCUUCUUUUGUGAAGUCGGUUUUUGCCAUUUAGGUAUGUUUGUUACUCCAAUUGUCACCGAUAAGAAAAAAGAAAGUAUUGUGAUCUUUAUAGUUAAUCCAUACGAGCGUAAUCCAUCUUCUUUCAUCUUUUAUUACAAUGAUUCACGAGAAAGUGCUUCCUCUUAUUUUUAUAGAUAUUCUUGAAUUCAGAUUUUCGUUUUUAACUGAUAUAUCUGCUUGAUACAAAGGUAUACUAUGCAUCUUUAAUUCGAUAUCGAAAAUAGUGAUGAGAUAAGGUAUAAUAUAGCGAAUGGCAUUGUUAUCCGAUCAUGUAAUUAAGGACGCAAUAACCAAUUGUUAACCGAGUCAUUACGAGUUGUAGCCGAUUUCAAGUUUCGCGAUUAUAGACUUAGGGCCAUAAGUAAAAAAAAUCGAUUGUUACCCUGCUGUUAAUAUUAAUUAUAGUUCGUUUUCCACCGAUCUAUCCGCGGCUUACGGAAUCUCUCGCCGCGGUUUGACCGAAGAGUGAUACCGAUAGUCCGAUAGUAGCCACGAGGUUUUUGAUUUUAAUUAUUGAAUAAAAUAGUGCUGAUUAUUUGCAGCCCUAGUAGAUUUUACGCGAAUUUCAGGCCUGAAGAGAGCACUAGCAAUCUUUCUGCAGUAAUAACAAAAGAGUAAUCAAUUAAAUCAGUCAAUCAAUCGAUCGAUCGACGAUCUCUACCAUCGUUUCUCUCGAUGGACUCAUUUUCGCAUUGCAAUAAUAAUAAUCGUAACGACAAAUUACCGCAUUGCACUUAGUCAAAUUGUACUAUAAAGAGAGAAUAAUAAUAAUUAUAAGGGGGGGUCUUAUAUACCAUUAGCUUCAGAAAGUUUUCAAAAUUUAUUUAUUACACAGAAAUGAAUAACCUUACAUAUCUUUAUACAAUAUUUUCUUUAAAGUAGUUUUUUGAGGCAAAAGUGUAUCACUGCCCAAGGAAAAUAUUUUAAAUAUUAUGUAAAGAGAUGUAAGGUUACUCAUUUUUAUAUAAACCAAUUCCGGGAACUUUUUGAAACUAGUAGUAGUAAAAAAAAAUAAAAUUACAAACUACAUAUAUCAUGAAAUAAAAAGAACGUUACGAACUUGAUUUACAUAUAUUAUCCUGUUACAGACUUUCUUUAUCAUGUUGCAUGGAAUAAAUUGUUUUAUAUGUAA